GCCGGAAGUACAGUGUGGGAUCGUUGUGGCGGGUAAGUGAACGAUCUUUGUACCAAUGUUCUGUCUUUAAACCAGGUCUGGUGAGGAUUUACUGCUCUGAGACCGCGGACUCAACCGGAACCGGAACCGGGACCCGGUUCUUUUUUGCUAAUGUUAGCUGCUAACAGCAGAGCCGGGCAGUGUUAGCAUGGUUAGCUGUUAGCAGCAGAGAGGAGACAGUGAAGACACGGACACACCGGUGAGCCGGGACUGAGGACACGGAAACACCGGUGAACCGGGACUGAGGACACGGACACACCGGCGAACCGGGACUGAGGACACGGACUCACCGGCGAACCGGGACUGAGGACACGGACAGACCGGUGAACCGGGACUGAGGACAGCACACAACAGUGAACCGGGACUGAGGACACGGACUCACCGGGUAACCGGGACUGAGGACACGGACACACCUGAGGAAAAGCAGUUAACCCAGUAUACUUUAUUUAAAAUGUAAACGGUGACACCGUGACAACAAUAAUCUUUAUUCAUUUAAUAUCAGAAACUUUAUUACCGUAAUUGCGGUUCGUUUAACUGUGAGGUCAGAGGUCAUGGUCGUCCACAAUGAACCCAGCUCGCAAACGCCUCAAACUCAGCCCGCCCUCACCAAACCCUGCCCCCUCCUCCACCUGCAGUCAGGGGGCGCUGCCAUCCAGCUCUCACCUCCUUUCCCAUCAUGCUUUGCUGCGAGGUGAAGCUGAGGAGGAAGAGGAGGAGGAGGAGGAGGAAGGUUAUCUUCUGGUGGAGGAAGAUACGACUGACUCCAGCCUCAUCAUCACCAUGGAGGACAGUCAGCUGGAGGUGAAGGCAGCGAGGAGGAGAACAGUGAGGAGGAGGAGGAGGGGCAAACUGAUGGGAGAGGAGGAAGAUGAGCAGGUGGGCGGAGCCUCAGAGAGCGACGAAAAGGAGGAGGUGGAGAUUGACAGACGGCUCGAUCAAUCGCUGGCGACAAAGUCUAAGCAACAUAAUCUGACCACAGUGAACGUGAAGAACAUCAUCCACGAGGUCAUCACUAACGAACAUGUGGUGGCGAUGAUGAAAGCUGCCAUCAACGAGACAGAGGCUGUUCCUGCAUUUGAGCCUAAAAUGACUCGGUCUAAGUUUAAAGAGGUGGUGGAGAAAGGAGUGGUGAUUCCUGCCUGGAACAUCUCUCCCAUCAAGAAAACCAGUGACAUUAACAAGCCUCCUCAGUUUGUUGACAUCCCUCUGGCUGAAGAAGACUCCUCUGAUGAAGAAUAUCGUCCUGAUGAGGAAGACGACGAUGAGACGGCUGAAGAUACGUUCCAGGAGAGCGACAUGGAGAGCACAGCUUCUUCUCCCAGAGGAAGUCGUCUGAGCAGAGGGGACGAGGACAGCUGCAGUCCCUGGCAGACUUCUCAUAGUCGAUCCAGGACUUUGAAGGGGAGGUUUGUCUCCAUGGGCCCUCCCCCUCCCCCCAAAGCACUGCCUCCCAAAGCAGUGACUGACAGCACCUUUCUGGAGAAACUUCAUGCUGUGGAGGAGGAGCUGGCUGUGUGUAUGGAACCAUAUCAGCCUUUGUCGGAGUCGGAGGACGAAGUUGGUCUCAUGGCGUACCGGACUCGGUCCAAGCGUCCCCUGCGUGAUGUCCCCCUGGGCAGACUGGAGGCGGAGCUCCGAGCUCCUGAUAUCACACCCGACAUGUACGAUUCCAGCUCCGCCCUCGAGGACAGGGAUUGGACUGAUUGGCUGAGAGGACUGAUGACCACAGACGUAGACAACGAAGAGGAAGGUGAUGAUGAUGAUGACCCUGAAUACAACUUCCUGGCCGACAUCGAUGAACCUGACCUGGAGGAUUACCGUGACGACAAGGCUGUCCGCAUCACCAAGAAGGAGGUGAAUCAGCUGAUGGAGGAGCUGUUUGAAACGUUAAAAGAAGACCUUACAGGACAGGAAGUGGAUGAUGAAGGCCACGAGGAAGAGGAGGAGACACAGGAGGACAAAAACAGUCAUGAGACACAACACACGUCUCAGGAACACAACACAGCGCUGAGUGACAGCGAGGAGCAUGAACCAAUCACAGAGCUGCGUACAGUGAAGCAGAAGUUGUCCUGGAUCAGGAAGAGACGACACACACAUGCACUGUGUGACACACACACACCUGAACCACACACACUGAAGCUGGAUGCCACACAGAAGAGACACCUGCAGCAGCAGCUACAACAGCACGUCCAGUUGUUGACUCAAAUUCACCUGUUAACUUCACCUGUGUCCAAACUUCAGAGUGAAGCAGAGACCACCAGACAGUUCCUGGUGGAGUUGGACGUCCUGGCUCUCAGGACAGAGCUCCUCAUGUCCUCACUUUGUCCUGGUUUCUGCAGCAGCUUCAGGUCGUCAAACCUGCAGGGGGCGCUGCAGCUGCUGGACGAGCUCAGGCUGAGUCCCAUCAGCUACCAGACCAGGCUCCACCCACCUGACGCCAGAGGACACAUGCGUGUUCACCCUGUCAUGCCUCCUGAACUUGCCUGGAUCUUCUCCACCCGUCCGGUCUUUCUUUACCCGGAGCUACUGCCGUGUGCCAGUCUGGACCCGGCUCUGUACUGCCCCCGCAGGAUAGCAGCUUUCACUGCAGCUGAGGACUGCCUCCUGGUCCUGGGUCUCAGGAACAUGGACAAGUCAUGUGACCCACCAAAGCUGGUGUCUCAGUUCCUGUUGAGGAAGACUCUGGUCCAGGUGAGGCGAAGAAUCCUGCAGUGCUGCAGACCUGGUGUCCCCGACAACAUCGUCAAGGUGUUCAGGUACCAGCGAGUGUUGUGGCCGAUGCCUGUAGCUUGUCGUCCCCUCAGUCCUGGAGAGCGGCGCCCCCCAGUGGAGAGAGAGGACAGUAUCAUGCCGAUGUGGCUGGUUCGAAGCCUUCCUGUCAUCUAUCCAACUAUUAAACGCUACAACGCCCCUCCUGGCUCCGCCCCUGAGGCCCCUCCCACCUGCAAGUUGACUCGCCCCCGUCAGAGUCACUACACUUUCCUUCGCUCCGCCUCCAGCUACAGUUUCCCUCCCGGGACAAAGUAUCCGCCCCGUCUCCCCAAACACCUCGACUUCAAACGCAUUGGGUUUGUUGUUCUGCAGCAGCCCCUCCCACCUCCUUCCACUGACUCCUCCCCACUGGUGUCAGGUGGUGACAUCAUCAUCACCUCCACCAUCUCCUUGGCAACCACAGAGCAAAUCAAAAGUCACUAUCAGACGCUCGUGGGCCUGAGGAGGAAAAACAAACCCUCCAUGAACGGAGGAGGAGCCAGGAGUGCCACGGAGACAUUGGCUCCUCCCCCUCCUCCUGAAGGCCCUCCCUCCUCUCAGCUGGUGGAGGAAGACGAUGACAUCAGCACAAAUGAUGAAGAGGGAGAAGAGGAGGAGAGCGAGGUUCUUCUGGCUCUGUCCGAAUCAUCGUCCAGCACCGAUGACAACCACCUGAGCGACCGCGAGGAGGUGGAGUCUGAGCGUGAAGAGGGAGGGGCGACCAGCCGCUCUGACGUUCAGCUGCAGGAGAAACUGUUGUCAGGAGGAAGUGAGGAGGAGGAGCCUGAGGUGGAGGAGGAGCCUGAGGAAGAUGAUCAGCGGCAGUCGGACGAUGAGGCGUUUGCUCGGGAUUAUCUUCACAGAGUGUGUGAAGCAGUGGAGGCGUGUCCAGGCGUCGCCCAGCAGCUGCUUCAGGUCCUGGAUCAAGUCUCUGCGGGGGCUGCGGGGGCGGUGGGGGCGGACCUUCUGUACGACAGACUGAGGCAUCUCCUGCGUCCGUGGCCUCAGCUGCUCAGAGACUUUGCCGCCUUCCUGAACUGUGAGCAGGCGCAGAGCUGUGGACUGCUGAUGGAGCAGCAGCUGUUUGAAAGCAGCCGCCGGUUUCUACGGCAACUGGGUCAGAGUCUGGGAAAAAGCUCGUCCCUGUACCAACAGGUGGUGUCGUUGCUGCAAGAAAGCCCCACCCUCUCGCCUACAGACAUGGAGAAGAUCUCGACUCUGCUUAAGCUCCACCCCCACCUGCACCAACUUUUCCAGCAGCUCCACCCUGCCUCGUUACCCGCAGCAACAGAGGGGGACUCGGUUUCCCAGAAUCCUCUUGACAAGAACAGAAAGAGAGUUGGUCAUUGGGCUCCUGAACAGAAUGAGACAGGAAGUGGCAGAGAGGAAGAGGAGGAGCCAAACGAAAAAGUGGUGGUCUGGACUCGCGAGGCAGACCGUGCCAUUCUGACGGCCUGUCAGCAGAGAGGAGCCAAUAGGGAGACGUUCACACAGGUCUCCGCCCACCUGGGAAAUAGGACUGCCCAGCAGGUGAGUCUGCGAUUCCACGAUCUGAUGAGUCUUUUCCAGAAGUCCACUUCCUGUUCCUCAGGGGGUCAACAGCCAAUCAGCUGACAGGAAGCUGUCUGAUCCAGAACUGGAUUAAACUGGACAGCUCAGAAUAUUUGGCCUUGAAUCCGUUUUAUUGAGUUAGUUAUUCCCGAGUUCUCAGAGGUUUGUGUCCGAAGAUGAUGCAUUCCAUUAACAUUGGAAGUUGGAGGUCGGAACUGGGAGUGACGCUGACUGCGUUGUUGAAAAUAUUCUGCGAUCGUAAACAAGACUUUUAUCCUGGAUUUUUCAGAAUGGUCUUCAGAGCUCAUGAUGGUUUGUAUUUUUAUAGUCGUUAUUAUUUAUUUGAUGUACAUUACCUCAGUCAGACUCCACCCACAGGGGGGUUGUGGGCGGAGUCUCUGUCAUUUUCCACCAGUGAAUGAAGAAUGAAAAUCCCUGCGAUAACUUAAAAAAAUCAAUGUGACUUUAAAAAAAAAAAUGCUCCAACCAACAAUAAAUCAGAGUUACACUUGUUUUGGAGAUUUCCCAGAAUGCAUCUGGAUUAAACCAUGUCCUGUGAAGGUUUUAUAGAAAAUGUAUUCACACUGAAUAUGAAUACAUGAAUGUUUGUUUCAUUUUCCAUGUUUUUAAAAAACAGGAAUUGAAUUUUUCUUUGUAAAAUUGUUUAUUUUCUGAUGUCAUUAAAGUGAUCCUUCAUAUAAAAUGAA